UCCGGCGGAGUUUCAGAGAAAGUCUGGGCAGAAACCUGAGCCGGGCCUGAACGUGGGAAGGGGAGGAGGAAAGGGAGGAAGAGGGAGCUCGGAGGCCGGGAGAGGGAGGGAUCGCGAUCUGGGGCCGAGCGGCUCAGAACCUGCCGCGCGCCCCGGGGUGGGGGAGGCGGCGGGGGAGGAGCGCGAGGGAACGGGACAGCGGGAUCCCUCCCAGGAGCCAACCCGCUCCCCGCCCUCUUCGGCGGCCGCGAGAGCGGACCCACCCUCCGGCUCGACCUGCGACCUCCCUGCGCCCGCGGCUCAGAGACGCCCGGCGCUUCGCCGCCAACGCUGCGGCUCCCUCUGUGACCGGGACCAGCCCCGCGCCGGCUGCCCGCGGGCGGCUCGCGGCUUCCCCUGUCCACGGUGUUCCUCGUGAGCCAAGAAGUGACCCACCCUAGGAGGGGGAAGGAGGAUCGCCCGGGCGCACCGAGACGGAGGGCGGGCGAGCGAGAGUGGGCACCGCGCGGGGCAUUGUGUCUGUGUGUGCGUGAGCCGGGCUGUGUCUGUUUCGGAAAGCGCUCUGGGGAGGUCUAGUCCCUAGGGGGCGGAGCGCGAGGGACCGCGGCUGCGACUCCGAGUCGGGGCAGAGUCCCGCUGAGUCGGAGCGCUGCUGAGGCGGCUGGCGAGACGGCACCCUUGAAGGCGAGGCGGGCACCCUGAAAGGAGGCCGGCGCGCCCGCCGCCCCGGCUCGCGUUCUGUUCAGACUCGCCGGCCUGCAGAGGAGACUUGAACUCCAGGAACCCCCGCGCCUUGGAGCCCGUCCGCCCCGUCGGCCCGGAGUGCGCGACCCAGAGAGCGAGGUUCUGGCAGCUGCGCGCUCGACAGGCUUCGGCUGUGUCGGGAGCGCGCCCGCCGCCCCUCUGCUGCCCGGCCGGGAGCCCGAGACGCGCGCCACCAUGAGCGGCGGCGAAGUGGUCUGCUCCGGAUGGCUCCGAAAGUCUCCCCCGGAGAAAAAGUUGAAGCGUUAUGCAUGGAAGCGGAGAUGGUUCGUGUUACGCAGUGGCCGUUUAACUGGAGAUCCAGAUGUUUUGGAAUAUUACAAAAAUGAUCAUGCCAAGAAGCCUAUUCGUAUCAUUGAUUUAAAUUUGUGUCAACAAGUAGAUGCUGGAUUGACAUUUAACAAAAAAGAGUUUGAAAACAGCUACAUUUUUGAUAUCAACACUAUUGACCGGAUUUUCUACUUGGUAGCAGACAGCGAGGAGGAGAUGAAUAAGUGGGUUCGUUGUAUUUGUGACAUCUGUGGGUUUAAUCCUACAGAAGAGGAGCCUGUGAAGCCACCUGGCAGCUCCUUACAAGCACCAGCUGAUUUACCUUUAGCUAUAAAUACAGCACCACCAUCCACCCAGGCGGAUUCAUCUUCUGCUACUCUACCUCCUCCGUAUCAGCUAAUCAACGUUCCGCCACACCUGGAAACUCUUGGCAUUCAGGAGGAUCCUCAAGACUACCUGUUGCUCAUCAACUGUCAAAGCAAGAAGCCCGAACCCACCAGCCAAGGGUCAUCUUUUGUUUCUGAAGAAGGAGAGGAAUACCUACUACUAGAAGAUUUUGAAAGCAAAACGAUUCCAUUGCAAACACACACUGAUUCUGCGAAAUCCACCUCUUCUGAAACAGACUGCAAUGAUAACGUCCCUUCUCAUAAAACUCCUGCUUCCUCCCAGAGCAAACAUGGAAUGAAUGGCUUCUUUCAGCAGCAAAUGAUAUACGACUCUCCACCUUCACGUGCCACAUCUGCUUCUGUAGACUCCAGCCUUUAUAACCUGCCCAGGAGUUAUUCCCAUGAUGUUUUACCAAAGGUGUCUCCGUCAAGUACUGAAGCAGAUGGAGAACUCUAUGUUUUUAAUACUCCCUCUGGGACAUCGAGUUUAGAGACUCAAAUGAGGCAUGUAUCUAUUAGUUAUGACAUUCCUCCAACACCUGGUAAUACUUAUCAGAUUCCACGAACAUUUCCAGAAGGAACCUUGGGACAGACAUCAAAGCUAGACACUAUUCCAGAUAUUCCUCCACCCCGGCCACCGAAACCACAUCCAGCUCAUGACCGAUCUCCUGUGGAAACGUGUAGCAUCCCACGUACGGCCUCAGACACUGACAGUAGUUACUGUAUCCCUACUGCAGGGAUGCCGCCAUCACGUAGUAAUACCAUUUCCACUGUGGAUUUAAACAAAUUGCGAAAAGAUGCUAGUUCUCAAGACUGCUAUGAUAUUCCACGAACAUUUCCAAGUGAUAGAUCUAGUUCACUUGAAGGCUUCCAUAACCACUUCAAAGUCAAAAAUGUGCUGACAGUGGGAAGUGUUUCAAGUGAAGAAUUGGAUGAAAAUUACGUCCCAAUGAAUCCCAACUCACCACCACGACAACAUUCCAGCAGUUUUACAGAACCAAUUCAGGAAGCAAAUUAUGUGCCAAUGACUCCGGGAACAUUUGAUUUUUCCUCAUUUGGAAUGCAAGUUCCUCCUCCUGCUCAUAUGGGCUUUAGGUCGAGCCCAAAAACUCCUCCCAGAAGGCCAGUUCCUGUUGCAGACUGUGAACCACCCCCGGUGGAUAGGAACCUCAAGCCAGACAGAAAAGGUCAAAGUCCUAAAAUUUUAAGACUCAAACCCCAUGGUUUAGAGCGAACUGAUUCACAAACCAUAGGUGACUUUGCUACAAGAAGAAAGGUCAAGCCAGCACCUUUAGAAAUAAAACCUUUGCCAGAAUGGGAAGAAUUACAAGCCCCAGUUAGAUCUCCCAUCACUAGGAGUUUUGCUCGAGACUCUUCUAGGUUUCCCAUGUCUCCCCGACCGGAUUCAGUGCACAGCACAACUUCAAGCAGCGACUCACAUGACAGUGAAGAGAAUUAUGUUCCCAUGAACCCAAACCUGUCCAGUGAAGACCCAAAUCUCUUUGGCAGUAACAGUCUUGAUGGAGGAAGCAGCCCUAUGAUCAAGCCUAAAGGAGACAAACAGGUGGAAUACCUAGAUCUCGACUUAGAUUCUGGGAAAUCCACACCACCACGCAAGCAAAAGACCAGUGGCUCAGGCAGCAGUGUAGCAGAUGAGAGGGUGGAUUAUGUCGUUGUUGACCAACAGAAGACCUUGGCUCUCAAGAGUACCCGGGAAGCCUGGACAGAUGGGAGACAGUCCACAGAAUCAGAAACGCCAACAAAGAGUGUGAAAUGAAAAUAUUGCCUUGCCAUUUCUGAACAAAAGAGAACUGAAUUAUAAAGAUAAAUCCCUUUUGAAGAAUGACUUGACACUUCUACUCUAGGUAGAUUCUCAAAUGAGUAGAGUUGAAGUCAAAGGACCUUUCUGACAUAAUCAAGCAAUUUAGACUUAAGUGGUGCUUUGUGGUAUCUGAACAAUUCAUAACAUGUAAAUAAUGUGGGAAAAUAGUAUUGUUUAGCUCCCAGAGAAACAUUUGUUCCAUAGUUAACACACUCAUAGUAUUACUGUAUUUAUGCACUUUUUCAUCUAAAACAUUGUUUGGGGUAUUCCCAAUGUAUCUUAACAUAAUUCCAUUGAGAAUUCUUGUUUGUUGUCACACUACUUUAUAUAACAAUACUAAGUUAACUAAGCUACUUUUAGAUUUGGAAAUUGCUGUUUAAACUGCAAUCUAGCAACAUUAAAAUGAGAGGUAGAUUCACCAGUUAGCCUUCGACCUGAAGUUUCAGGUGAUAACCAUUAGCUUAUACUUGGACUCAUCAUUUGUUGCCUUCCAAAAUGCUGAGGAUAAUGUAUGUACCGGUGUCAGGACCUAGUUCUCUGGUUAUUGUACAUUUAGUUUUUAAUGGUGGAAUUUUGUUGUAUUUUGUGAAUUACAGCGUUGUCGAUUCAUUGAGUGAAGAUUCUGCCGGGUAGGAUCUUGCACCUUUGAAAGACUUAAUAAUUACACUAUCAAGUAAGCCUGCAAAUCAUUGAUGGCAUGCAGUGAUGAUGUGCUCUUACACUUGUUAACAUGUAUUAAAUGUUAUUUGCAAAAGGUAGAUUAUAUAACUAAUCAGGUACGUACCAGGCAGUGAUGUGCUAAUACACUGAUCAGGUUUAGACAAUGAGCUUUGGUUGUGUUGUUGUUAGUCCUAAUAUUGGUUUUCAGUUUGGAAUUAAUAAAGCAGUUGACAUUCACUGUUAGUUAUAGCAACAUACUGUGAUUUUUAAUUAGACAGUAAUUUAGAUUUGUUACUCUAUGAAAUUCUAUCUUUUGACACCAUAGUGCCCUUUCUAUGAUUUUUUUUACUUAAUGUUCUUCUUGGCCUUAUAUUUAAAUCCCUAUGCAAUUAAUAUUUUAUAUCUGCAUUUUUUUUAAAAAAAAGAUAGAUGUUAUAUAAGUGAUUCUCAUAUGUAGCACCUGUUGCUUUUCCACUAAAAGAAUUGGGGAUUUUGUACUGUGAUUUAUAUUCACUGACCCAAUUCAAGAAAUAUUGGAGCCUUGCUAUAAUGUGAAAUUUUAUAGUCAUGGACUCCUUCCAACUAGAUUUCUGAAACCACCAGAGGGAUGGUAUAAUUCUGUCUCACCUAUGACAUGGUCCUGUGACAUAGAUAUUAAGACCACAAGUUAUAGUGAGGCUACAAUUAUAUUCAUCUGUCUUGGCUUUGCAACAUAAUUUAGAAAACAGGUAUAGUUGUUUGUCUUUUCACCAAGUUACAUACAAUCUCAUGUACUGAUUUGAAACUUGUAACAGUAUUUGGAGGGGGCAUGGAGAAAGGAGAGUCUACAUUUGAGGCAUGACUCCCUCCAUUCAGACCUUUAACUGUUGCCUGAAUACAUAGAUGUGCCCUGAUUUCUUGCCCAUUGGCCAUAGUACUGUGCCUAAUCAAUAUAAUAGGUUUAUUUUCCCAAUCCACAAACUAAAAAUGUUCAUAACAAGAUGAAUUGUAGACUAGUAACAUUUGAUGCCUUUAAACGUUUGCUUCUUUUUAAGCGAAAACUAAAACCCAGAAGUGAAUUUUUAGGUGAAUUUUUAAAUAAAAAAGAUUGAUUAAGUUUGGUGUGCAAGCUGUUUUAUAAUGAAACCACAAAAUAAAAUCUAAAAUCACUGAAAUGUGCCUAAACUAUCAAAACACACAAUACAGCUAGUGUGUAAAGAUACUAAAUUCUGUUACUUGGAGGAUGAAUAUAUUUAAGAUUUUAAACACAAUAAUAAACACAAUUAAUUCAAAAAUAAAAAAUCUUUCUUUACAGCUGUGUAUCAGAAGGGUCUACAGCACUUAUGAAUGUUUUUAGUCUAAUUUAUCAUUAACUUUUUACAAGUUACCAUAUCUGAAGAUUUGCAGCACUCUCAUUUUCAGAAAAUUUCCCAUUAUUCUGAAUAAGAACAGGGAAUAUUAGAAAGGCAGUUUGCUUUAGAAAACUAAAUCACAUUGAAUGUUGUAUUAGAGAGUUAAAAGUUUUUUAUAGAGCAGUGUUUUCCAAACAUUUUUAGCACUAGAAUCUUUUUUAAAUGAAAUUUUAUGUGUAAUUCCAAUAUAUAUACCCUGAAAAGUCCAUCUUAUCAAUAUAAAUGUAUUUUGAGUUCACAUUUAUGUUUAUUCAUUUUGGCUCCUUACUAAGCAUAAGAUUCUGAAUUAUUUCUGAAUAACAAUAACACAAAUGUAGAGUUAUACAUGGUUGAUGAAAACAGCAGCCAAUUUAUAGCUAUGCCUUUAUUUGUAUACAACCAAGAAAAUUUUGAUUCAUACAUAUGUAAGCAAAAAUAAUGGGUUUUAAACAUACAUCUCAGGAAAUUCUUUAGUUAGAGAUAGCUAAAUUUAUUCAAGGUCUAUACAAAGUUAAUUAUCCUGGUAGUGAAAGUUCAUACAUAAGCAGUCUCCAGUAUGGUAAAGUAGGGUAUGUGACACAUUAGAAUGAGCAUUUUUAUUAAAUUAUAAAAUAUACACAUAUGAAAACUAAAUUUGAAUCAAACCAUUUUACUCACCUCCAAGAAGCUAGACUUUGGCCAGGAGUGGGCUAAAAACCCCUGGCUAACCCUGAGACAGUUAUGAUGUUAUAGUUGGAAGUCUUUUUCUUCCACUUUAGAGUUCUUUACCGUAAUUCCUUAUUUUGAAAAACUGUAAGAUUUUAUGAAGGUUUGAAUACCAAAGCACAGUUCUGCUUUCAAAACUUAAAGUUCAAACUUGAAAAAGCUGUUUAACCCAUGGAAGGUAACAUUUAGUAAGCUGUAAAACAUUUUUUACAUCUGCACUUCAGUUUAUAUAUCUUUAUCAUUAUCAAUACCAUAUAAGUUACUGUGAGCAUUUUAGAGAAUUCCAUAAAGGUACUAUGAGUGUGUCUGUUUGUGUGUGUGUAUAUAUAGCAUUGUAUUUAAUCAUAGACUAAAUUUAAUUUGAUACAGAACUAUCACUAUACUUGUACAUUAAGGUCAUAAUUUCUGCUGGACUCUUUUAUAUUUAAUUAAUAGAGAUUACAGUCUUCCUUCAUAAAUGCAUUUAAACCGGAAAUUGAACACCAGUGUUUUUCUUUUUCUACUUAUGGGAAGUUCUCUACUUCCCCCUUUAGAGAAAACAGUAUUUUUGUAUUUUGUUAAAAUAUUAACUACUUUAUGCCUACACACUAUGCUGUAGAUACUGAUCAUAAUUCUUGCGUGUUCACAAACACCCCUAGUGCCUCUUUUUUGGCUCGUUAAAAGUGUUGGUGUUAGUACUUUGACUACAGAGCCUUUGGCCUUUUAAUAAUGCUGAGGUGAGCUGAUCCUUCCUAUUUCUGUCUUCGGGUCAUUCUGAUAGGUCUUGUCCUCCACUGUCAGGUAAGCAAUCAGGUCCAUGACAGGGAUUAGACAUAUGAACAAAUCAAGUGGAUACACACAGUGAGAAAGAUAUACAUUCUAUGAUAACAACUACUGUCAAUAACAACUGAUGUUACAUACAUAUUUUUAUAUAUAAUUUUUAAAACUGAACUAGGAGAUGAAAAGCCAUGGUAUAAAUAAAUAUUGUAGACAUCAUGGACUUGAUUUGAUAGAAAUCAACUGUCAGGUUAUUGAGAUCGUUGUUUUCAAUCUGUCUAAAUAAUUUAUGCAUUACUACAGUUAAAAAUGAUUUGGUUUGUCUUCUAUAGACUUAAUUUUCUUCCAGUUCAGUAUAAUAUCUGUUAACAGAAUUUCAGCCAACUGACUGGUCAAGGUAUUAACAUAGUUUCUACUUCCUUUACCUAAAAAGGUGGUUUUAUGUAAGUUCUUGAUUGCUGGUGAUCCUCCCAAAUUUUGACGACAAAAUCAUAUGUAUAAAUUUAUUUCUCUCCUCUUGCUUAUCAUCUUUGUAAAGGUCCCAUUGUAGAUCUUUUCUCCUACCAAAUAAAACUUUUCAAACAAUUUGGUUUCCAGACCUUAAAUAGACAAUUUGGAUACUAAGAUUGUGAACUAGUAACGACAUAGAAAUUUGUAUUUCCAACCCUUCCUUAGAGUCUUUAUCUGCAUCCAAAACCUAAUUCUGCCAUUAACCGUGCUUCCCAGUCGCACUUCUAUAUGUCACUCAUUUUCUGCAACAAAGAUCUCACUAAGUCAUGUUGAAAUACAAGUCAUGAUCCUCUCUAACUAAACAGGAAAAGCUACCUGGAGAAACUCUGUUGCCACAUGCAUGUUCCCUGUUACUCCUUCAGCCAGCCAGUGCUACCAGCAUUUUACUGAGUAAAAGUCCAAAUAAAUAAGAGCAUGCAUGCAACCUUUAUCUUCAGAAACUAGAGUUUAUAUGUAAAAUGUGGCUUGGGAAAUGAUUCUGUUUAUUAGCUUGCUGAGCUUUUUCAUUUCUAUGCGAGUUUCAAACAUCUCCAGUACUUUAUAAAAUCCUAACAAUUGCUGUAAGUCGGCACUUUGGUUCACGUAGCCCACCCAGUCCACUUGCAACUCUGUCACUAAAUCGUAUUUGGGAAGUUUGGGUACUGUGAGGCUAUCUUUUUUGAGAUUAUUUUCUCAUAUGUCUGGCACCUUGUAAACCAUGAGACUCCUGGGUAUUUGCAUGUAACUUCUUUGAGGAAGUUACCAUCAUCUCUGAUAUUGACACACUUUUUGAGUUGCAGUUUUUGUUAGAAUUUUAUGGAGAAUAACUUGUCAAUUCUGUGAAUGUUAUUGAGUGUUUAAAAAGCUGGGUCUGUAAUGGGAAACAUUUUAUUAACUGUUGUGAUUGGGUAACAUGUCCUCUUAGAGUUCCUGAUUUAAAAUUAUACAAAAUAACUAUUUUUGAUUAAAUAAAGGAACACCU